AUGAUUAGAGAGGCAGCACAGAAGAGAGCCGAUCGUCUGAAUGCCUCUGAUGAACAAAUGUUGGCACAGAAGCGUGAGGAGAGACAUCAAGAUUACAUAAACAAGCAUCAGUAUCACAAGGAGAAACAACUACAACAUCAACAACAGCAGCAGGCCCAACAACAGGAAUCACAGAAGUAA